CAGAAGAAGAAGAAGAACGCGGAAAACGAAGACGAGGCGACGCAAACAAACAAUUCGAGCCUCAAGUUGCUGCGUCAUCAUAGAAAUAUAAAAAAAAGUAAUCUUACUUGCAGUUUUUGCUCACAGCGACUGUUUGUCUUCUGAAAUGGAAGACGACGUGGAGAUUACAGAUGUUUAUGAUGAGGAUGACAUAGUGGUGCAGAAAACACCCCUGAAGAAUCAGGAUCUGACUUCUGUUGGCGUUAUCGCUGGAGAGCUGCUGUCAGAGUAUGGCUGGCACCUGCUGGUCGUACUGCUGGUGGUCUACCUGCUGGUCCACUACCUGACCAAGAGGAGGUCCAGCCAGAGCCCCCAAAGUGCCGCGUCUUCGCCACCGCAAGACUCUGAGGAGGUGGUGAGACGCCAGGAGGCCAUGGAGAUUUCUCGCAGGAAGAUGCAGGAGGAGCAGGACGCCAAAGCGGCACUCUUCAGAGAGAAGCAAAAGCAGCAAGAGGAAGAGAAGAGGAAGCAGAAGAUCGAAAACUGGGAGAGCAUGAAGCUGGGCAGGAGCAGCAAAGGAGCGAGCAAGCAGAGCAGCGACGACGGCGCCUCGUCCAGCACGUCGGUCCAACCAAAGAAAGACAAGAAGUCACUUCGCGGCUCUGACUACAACCCCCUAAGUGGCGAGGGAGGCAGCUCCUGCUCCUGGAGACCCGGCAGGCGGGGGCCGUCUUCCGGUGGAUGAGGUUAAAGGAGGUCAGAGGUCGGUCUGACCUUUGACCUCUAGACAUCCUACCACACACACACUGGCUGAUGGGGGCGAGUAUCCUCCCGCACUCGGACACGCCUCGCGUACGUUACAAUUUUUAGGGUCAGUUCCAACAUGCCCCAUCUUGUCCAGGCGGACACGGACGCUGGUAAUGACGCCGCUCUUGUAAAAGGUUUCUAACCAGCAAGCGCGGCCGAUGAACGUCAGCGUCUGUUUUUUUUAUAAAAAUAAUCUGUUUAUAUUGAGCUUUGAAACAAGCAAUAAAUCAUGACUUUUGACAGUAAAA